AAAACACGUGAGCCUCACGUGGAAAGAGAAACACUCGGGAAACCUGUUUCUGUUGCUCUACAUCGUCGAUGCCGCCUCUUUCGACGCCCCGCGUCGAUCUUCGCCCCCCUUCCUCCGCUAAACACCGCGAUUAAAACACAAUUAUAUAAAAUUAGCAAAAAAAUAAUAAUAAUCUCUCAAAAUCCGAGGAGGUCUCCUCCAUCUACCCAAUCCGAAUCCCCUCGUGGAAGUCUUCGGUUGAUCGAUGCAGGAAGAAAUUUGACCAAUCGACCACUUAUCCAUUUCCGGGUUGAGUUUUUUUGUUGCGGCAAUGUGAAGAUCUGCUUGUUAUUGUGAAUUGAAGCUCCCGUGGUUUUUCAGUACAUAGAGAUGCCAAUGAUUACAAUUUACAUCUAAUUCAGAAAAAUGGAUGCUGGGAUUUCCAAUCCUUCUGGGAACCUUUCUACAUGUUUUUAUGUUGCCAGUGCAUUUGGAAGGACGCCUACAGAAAACAAUUUUCGCGACACCUCUGCUCUAACUGGCGAAAAUUUCUCUAUGGAGGUUUUGCAAGCUCGAGUGACUUCAAAAGAGAAUCCUAUCAGAACUGGAUUGGAUCAUGGUUACAUAAACGGAUUGGGAUUGAACGUCAAACAGAAUCCACACACUGGUUAUGAAGAUCAAGCUGGUAGUUUUGGACUCCAAAGAGUAGAAUCUGAUUUUUGUUAUGAUGAUUCUUCUUGCUUUCCUCUCAGCGUACCUGCUCUUGAAGUCAAUGCUAGAGGUCACGCUGAUACAGCAGGCCCAAAUUUAGCUUGGAGUGAUCAGAGAAUCAAUGAUAAACAAUUCAAUGACUCUUUCAAGUCCUCUUCUUCUAAUCCCUUUCAUGGCUCUCAGACCCGCACAGACAUGCGUGGAACCUCAGAAAACCCACGAUCUGGGAAGGUUAAGUUUCUAUGCAGUUUUGGUGGAAAAAUCAUGGCAAGACCUGGUGAUGCCAAGCUGAGAUAUGUUGGUGGUGAGACAAGGAUUAUCUCCAUCAAGAAGAAUCUUUCAUGGAAGGAAUUCAUGCACAAAACUUUUAAUAUUUGUGAUGCACCGCAUAUUAUUAAGUAUCAGCUCCCAGGGGAGGAUCUUGAUUCUCUUAUAUCUGUUUCUUCAGAAGAAGAUCUUCAGAAUAUGAUGGAUGAGUACUAUGGAGUUGACAAGGCUGGUGGAUCCCAGAGACUCAGAAUAUUCCUCAUCCCUCUUAAUGAUGCCGAGAAUUGUUCUCUAGAUCCAAUAGACUUGCAGUGCAGCUCAGAGUUUCAGUAUUUUGCUGCUGUAAAUAAUAUAGGAGAUCUCAGUCUUAAGGAAAGUUCAACUGGCAACAGCUUAUCAAGCCAAGUAGGCUACCAGCUAGAUAGAUUACUAAGUUUUACCAAAGACUCCCUUCUUCUUCACGUUGAUACUGUGGAUGAUCCAGACAAUUCUCAGCCGUCUGUUAGUAAUCAAAGUGCAACCAGCCAUUCACCACCUACUUCUCCGAAACUAGUACAACAGAGAGAAAGGAGGCAUUCUCGAAAGCAGUCAUUUGAAGAUCAUUUCAUUGCAGAUUUACCAUUUGAAAUUCAUUAUGACGUGGAUAGAGGCAAUCUAAUGAAUAAGGAUAUUGCUAAAAGGCAAAUUAAACAUUCUGGGCUUCAAUUUCAGAAAAAAGAAUUAGCUGGUGAGUUUUCUCCACUGAAAUCUACUGACAGGGAUAAUGAGUCAGCUGGGUAUUCCUUAUGUGAGAAGUCUUUUCUUCAGGAAAAACUCUCUCAUUGUGGGAAAUUCAUCAAGCAGCAGGCAGAGCCAGUGAGUUGGAUCGCUGGGUCAAAUGAUUCAGCAAGUUCAGUACAAGAAGUUGGGGUAAGCAAUAUUUCUAGUUUGGUGGAACCUGUUGGUUCUCAUACAGAAUUAAAAAAAUCAGUAGUUUCUCAGAAUUCUUUCCAAAGAAAUGUGCAGGAGGGAACACCACCGUUCCAGCAAAUGUUAAAUAAUCACUCAGAUAUUUUAUCUGAACUAAAAAGGACGGCCCUGAAAACAGAAUUCUCUGCAUGUGGUAAUUAUGCUGAAUCUUGUGGAAGAAAUGAAGCUAUGAAUGGCAGUUAUCAUCCCCUUGAUGGUGAAAAUCAAAACACAGAACCAAUUAAGGGGACCAGCAUUGGUGAACUACAACAUUCAUUUAAACAUGAUAUGGGUGGUUCUGCUUCGAAGUUACUGGAUGAGAAGGGAAACCGUCUUCCCCAACCAAUGAAGUAUUUUCAGAAAAAUAAUAAUGCUGAACCUCAUAUUAACAGUAAAUUGCAAAAUAAUGAUUACAACUUCAGCAUUGUGCGUGGUGCAACUGUUUCAUCCCCUGUUGUAGAUGUAAUGGAGAGUUCUCUUCCAACAUCUUCACUCUUUUCUCUUAGCAUCGGCUUAGAUAAAACCAAACAAUGCUCUUUGGGAAACCAAUUCGAUGGAAGUACAUCAAAAAAUCAUAGUAACUUAUACAAUCAGAGUCAUAGAUCAUUGGAGGCAAUGAAGAGCAAUCUCAUCAAUGUUGACGAUAACAUGACGACAUUUUCACCUAUUACGACGAGUCAUCGGGAUUCUUCCCAAAUUCUGAUUCGUAAAAGAUCCGCAGAAAGUAAUGGUGAUAUGUCCUUAUCUGAUGAACCUGCCCACCAUCUUCCAACAACUAUUAGGGCAUAUAUCUCAGAAGAUUACUGCGGGCAAGGAGUUGAACGCCAUUUAGAUGCAAGUCCAGCUCUCAGGGUGAAUGAUGCUAGCAGAGCUUCGGUGUUUCAUAACUCAGAGAAUGGCCAAGUUUCUAGACAGCAGUUUUCACUACUUGAUCAGGACAUGGUUGAUUACUAUGAUUCAAGAGCUAGAAACACUGAACUUGGAAACUGUGAUUAUGGAACAGUUAGGCCAAAAAAUGUGGUUCCUACAACAGAUAUGAACCAUAAUGUGCCCAUGGAGGCCGUGGUUACUGUGGAAGAUGUAACGGAUAGGGUUCCUUCUGAUGUUCCACUAGCACCAGCGGUUAUACCCUAUGUAAUUGGGGAUAAAAGUGACGUAGAAGAAUUGGACCAUUCAUCUCCAAGGGUAGACAGUGCGGAUAGUGCUCCUGUAUCUGAAUCGCACCAGGAUGCUAGAGAUGAUGAAAUAGAUACUGAGGGAUCUAUGAGCGAUGCUGCAAUAGCUGAAAUUGAAGCUGGUAUUUAUGGUUUGCAGAUUAUAAAGAAUGCAGACCUUGAAGAACUACGUGAAUUGGGAUCAGGUACUUUUGGUACUGUUUUUUAUGGAAAAUGGAGGGGAACUGCUGUUGCUAUCAAGCGAAUCAAGAAAAGCUGCUUUUCGGGGAAAUUGUCUGAGCAAGACCGAUUGACUAAGGAUUUCUGGAGGGAAGCCCAAAUCCUCUCAAAGCUUCAUCACCCAAAUGUGGUUGCUUUCUAUGGGGUAGUUCCAGAUGGAGGAGGUGGCUCGCUGGCUACCGUAACAGAAUUCAUGGUAAAUGGAUCUCUUAGGCAUGUCCUGCUGCAGAAGGAUAGGGAACUAGAUCUUCGUAAAAAACUUAUAAUAGCAAUGGAUGCAGCUUUUGGGAUGGAAUACUUGCAUUCCAAGAAUAUUGUCCAUUUUGAUUUGAAGUGUGACAAUUUAUUAGUUAACCUGAGAGAUUCCCAAAGGCCAAUAUGCAAGGUGGGAGAUUUUGGACUGUCAAGAAUUAAGCGUAAUACUUUGGUUUCUGGAGGUGUGAGAGGAACUCUUCCAUGGAUGGCUCCCGAGUUAUUGAAUGGGAGCAGCAACCGGGUUUCUGAGAAGGUGGAUGUCUUCUCAUUUGGAAUUGCAAUGUGGGAGAUCAUAACAGGAGAGGAACCUUAUGCUAAUAUGCAUUGUGGUGCUAUCAUAGGAGGAAUUGUUAACAACACCCUUCGUCCGCCGAUCCCUGAAAACUGCAACACUGAAUGGCGAAAGCUAAUGGGGCAGUGCUGGUCCGCCGAUCCUUCUCAACGCCCUUCGUUCACCGAGAUCGCCAACAAGCUUCGUUCGAUGUCUAUGGCAGUCCAGCCCAAAGCACAAGCUCAGGCUAGCAGGUGAAACAAAAGCAGCCAUGAUUACUAACUGAAGUUUUGCUGGAAAUUGUUGAUCUCUCGGCCUCAGGAAAAGGGCUGUUUUGUCAAUUCUGAGAUCUUAUAAGCAUGAGCCAAAUGUGCAUUAUUCUUCAUUAUUACCAUAGUAUAUAUAUUUUUGUUAUAUCUUUUUUGCUGGAUUCAUGGAAUAUAUGCUUGCCUGUAUAGUGGUUUAAAUUGUCUUUCUUUUGACACAUUGAGAUGUAAGCAAUUAUCUUUUGUGAUGCAGCACCAAUAAUGAAUUUUCUUCGCAGCUCA